AUGUGGUACCAAGGGGCGAUAAGUGGUGUCACAGUGGUCAACACUAGCGUCGAUGGUUUUCACAUCGAGGCUUUUACUUUGGACAAGAAUGGCUUUAUAUAUAUAUCCGGUCAUCAAAAUCAUGCAGUGGUACGCUAUCCUCCAAAUUCCAAUAUUGGCACUACUGUUGCCGGACAACUGGGUAUCAGCUCAGCAGCACUCGACAGUCUUAAUGAUCCCUUAGGCGUGACGCUCGAUGAUGAUUUAAAUCUUUACAUUGCUGAUAGAUACAAUCAAAGAGUUAUGAAAUGGGCUCCAAAUGCAAUAGUCGGUACCAAAGUCAUUGCAGCCGCGUCCACUGUCAGACUCUAUGGAAUUUUACUGUCGCUUUAUUCACCGGAUGAAGUCUAUGUUAGCUCUGAAGAUAGAGAUUCUGUUUAUUUAUGGAGUUUUAAUACAUCAUUACCGAAAAUAACUCUUACUCAAAGUACAAGAGAUCGUAGAGCUUUAAUACAGGUUUAUGCUACUGUUGGUAUUCUUACAGUCGAACGUAUUGACAUGCUCAAAUGGCUUGAAGAUAGCUGGGAAGGUUAA